AUGACGAACGUUACAGCCACCGAAAGAAAGAAAGAUGCAAGUGCAGAAAGCACAUCCAGACCUGACUACCUCAGGCAAAGGAACAGCCACGGCGCCGUGACCACGAGUUCGCUGCGCACGACGCCGUGCCUGUGCGCUCGACGAUUCCAGAUAAUCAGCCACGGCCAAACACAGCUGCUGAAUUGCACUCUCUCCUCGCUCCACUCACCCAAAGCUGCGCUCGCUCCAAGGUCCCCAAUGGGAUCCUACCACUACGCCUCCACCUCGCAAUUCGUCUUCGCGGCCGUCGAUUCCAACCCCAAGCCCAGCCACAAGCCCAAGACCACCGUCCAAAUCCCCAUCACAUCCCCUCCGCCUCCGGAGGGGGCUCGGGAGGGAUCGCCUGACGCGGUGGCGGCCGCCAAGAUCCAGGCGGCCUUGCGUGGGUACCUGGUCAGGCGGCACGUCGCGACCGUGCGCGCGGCCGACGCCGAGGCGACGCGGCUCGAGCGGCUGCUCCGGCGGCAGGAGACCGUGGACGCCGUCCGCCGCGACGAGCGCGAGCGGGCCCGGUUCUCGGAGGCGCUGAUGGCCGUGCUGCUCCGCCUAGAUGCCGUGCCGGGGCACUACCCCGCCGUGCGGGACGCGCGGCGCGCCGUGAGCCGCCGCGUGGUCGGCCUGCAGGAGGUGUUCGACGCCGUUAUCGCGGCACCGGCACCCGAAGCGCAGACGUGCGGGGUACCGGCGAGCCUGGAGCAGGUUCUGGAAGGGAUCUGGGGAAUCGGAGAGGCGCCUGUUCCGGUGCCGCCGCCAGCGGCGGCGGUGGAGGAUGUAGUGAGGAGGGCCGGGUCAUGCUGGGGAAGGUUUUUUGGUGGAGUGUAG